CACUGAUACAGCUACGCUGGGAUUUCAACUUUGUUCAUCGAUCUUUUACUCCAUUUAGAAGUUGAAAAUAAUCUGUUAACCGGAUAUUUUUUAUUUGCUGUAUUUCUUUUAGAGAUUUCAGAAGCUUCGGCGAGGUGUGGAAUGCUCCGUACUUAAAACACUUGCUGUGCUUUGUUUCAACCGUUAGGUUUUUUCAGUACUCCCAUAUCUUCAAAAGAAACAAAACUGAAAUCUUAAAGAAUUAUUUAAUACUCAAGUUUUUGGCCCUUCGUUCCUUGGGAAACAGCAUACGUUCUUUUCGAUCCCAUAGCCUUUCUCAUAUGCACAAGCAUUUUCUCAUCUUUUAUCCGUGGUCUUUUUCAAUUUAUUAUGGAAAUUCCAAAUGCUCAUCCAGUUACUACCAACAAUUACCGUAAACAUCCUUCGAUCACUUUACUAGGUUUACGGUCUGAGAAUCAUUCGAAAGACUCUUCUCAUCGUCAUUUACCAACGUUUGCACACAGAAAUCCUCUUAGUGCUUCGCGACCGCUUUUGCAACAUCGGUUUUCGCAAAAUAGCAAGAUCCUGACUGAGGUGUUUCAAAAGGCUAAGCUCUCUGGAGAUACGUCGUCAACUCCCACGUAUGUCAAACAAAAGGAGGAUAAUUCUUAUGAAAUGCUCCAUGAAAAUAAAAUUCAAUCGAAUAAUCCAUCCCUCGCAAUGAAUACUGAUCGAAAGGAUGCUGAAUCCAAAUUCGGCAAUGAACUUCCUAUGGAAAACAACUCAAAUAAUGUUGAAAGUAGAAAGCCUAUUAAAACUCCUUCAUUUCAGAACCGAAGAAUCGUUUUAGAUAAGCUAGUCCAACCUGAACUGAGUUAUAAGCCAUCGGGUUCGGGUGAUGCUGCUGUAAGCAAUGCAGCGAACGAAGAAAUUACAUCGUCUUCAAGCUCCACAGUGAAAACACCUCUGGGGGAAAGAUAUCAAGAAACUCUUCCUCCGAAAAAUUCUGCCAUUGAAAAGGAGCCAAAAGAUUACAAUUUGAAGGAACACUCCUUUUAUAAUUUAUCUGCUAAUAAUCCGUCUACGCCAACUUCUCAUACAAAGGAAAAAAGGUCGAAUAUCGAUGCAGGGACUUUGGGCUUUAAUACAUUAGAAACAAACAAGUUUGUACAGUCUGUGCCAAAUCGAAACUCAUUUAUACAGCAUUCACCUUUACGUCCGGAUUACAGUAGGACGAGUAACUACAAUAAUUCCCCAAAAUUUUCUACUAGAAACAAUCCCUUUCCUGGUAGGUCUUUUUCACCAAUGUCGGAAAUAGUAGGAAUAAACGACCUUUCCUCUACUAUGGAUUUCUCCGAUCUUCGCUCUGAUCUGUGCUCAUACGAAAGAAAUAUUCCUGUUACAACAAGCAAAAUGGCUAGCUAUUCCUCCGCGUCAACUUUUAGAAGGUUGCCAAGAGCACCGGGCUCUAAAGUUCAUACUGAGAUUCCAAAUUCACCUCUCCGCCCUCGGGCGAACUAUCGACCCACUAAUUAUAAUUUAAAUUCUGGUCCCGUCUCUUUUGACAGAAUCUUAAAAGAUGCAGACUUAGUAAUGCAGAGUCUAGCCUCUCGACAACAGCAUAAACUUAUACAGGAAUCGAAGAAAAUCCGGAGACUUCAGAAAAGUGUUCGGCCAUAUCCACCAAGGACUCUUAACAGACUGUCUGAAUAUGAACGAGCACGACUUACGCCUUAUGAAUUAGAAGAAGUAAAAGCCUUUCCUGAAAUAUACUUUAUAGGAUCUCGUGGCUGUGAUAAAGUGAGUAAAAACAUAGCUCCAGGAUGUACCGAAGAAUUGGCAUUUGAUGAUCCUAAUGGUGAUUAUAGAGUCAACGUUGGAGAUCAACUAUUUUACCGGUACGAAGUUGUAGACAAAGUGGGCAAAGGCAGUUUUGGCGAAGUCUUACGUUGUAUUGACUAUAAACAUGGUAAAUUGGUUGCAAUCAAAGUCAUCCGGAAUCGCGUAAAAUGCUAUGAUCAAGCCUUAGUCGAAGCUGGAAUCCUUGAAAGGUUGACGAAAGACGAAACUUUCAUGGAAAGCAAUAUUAUACGCUACUUUGAUCAUUUUAACUUCAGAAACCAUCUUUGUAUCGUGACCGAACUGCUGGGUGAAAAUCUUUUUGAAGUGAUAAGAGACAAUAACUAUAAAGGAUUCCCUCUCAUAAUCGUGAAAAGCUUCACAGCUCAGCUACUUAAAUCCCUAAACUUCCUUCAAAAACAGCGAAUUAUACACUGUGAUCUCAAACCAGAAAAUCUUUUGCUUUGUGAUCACACAAACGCAAGGGUCAAGUUGAUUGACUUUGGAAGUAGUUGCAGAUAUAAUGAAAAGAUUUAUACUUAUUUGCAAUCAAGGUUUUAUCGUGCACCUGAAGUUAUAUUAGGAAUGCCAUAUGGAAAGGAAAUUGAUAUAUGGAGUUUUGGUUGUAUUUUAGCAGAAUUAUACACCGGUAUACCUCUUUUCCCAGGUGCUAAUGAGGCUGAACAAUUGGGUUACAUAAUGGAGGUUUUGGGUAUUCCUCCUAGAGAGCUAAUACUCAUAUCGACACGAUCAAAGCUCUAUUUUGAUUCUCAUGGACAGGCUCAUCCAAUAUUAAAUAGUCGAGGCCGUCCUCUUAUACCUUCAACUAAAAGAUUAGAUCAACUUACCCGCUGCAAAAACCCUUUAUUCCUGGAUUUAAUUUCUAAAUGUUUACAAUGGGACCCUAAAAAACGCAUAACAGUUGAAAUGGCUUUACGACAUGAAUUCAUCAUAGGCAAUAAUUCAGAAAAAUUGCUAAGAAGAACGCCCGUGAAUAGUCCAAUUAAUAGCCCUAUUAAAGGCGCUAACCCAAAAUUAAAAAAUCCUGUCUCUCAUUCUAGGAUCGCUCAUCCCCUGCCUAAUCCUCCUUUGUAUCAUAACCCAUUGGGUCGUUAAAUAUUUUUGGCGGGCAUAACUGGACAUAUUUAUUCUUGCUUUCACUUGUUUACUAUAAUUGUCAUUGCUUUUCCGCAUGCUCUUUACGUUCUACUUCGUCCCUCGUUUAUAGGUUUUAAUCUUUCGCGUAUUCAAUACAUUACAUAGGAUGUUAGAAUUCAGAGUUAAUAUUUUAGUUUAUAAGUCGCCGACGUAUUGUAAUUUAAUAUAAUAAAGUAAAACUACUCCAA